UUGAGGCUUGCAAACCUAACUGAUUAGUGUCAAUCAUUUCAUAUCUGUUUGGGAAAAUGUCGGCAGUUGUGAAGUCUGCUGUUCGCAGCACCUCCGUGCGCCCCACACCAGUGGGCAGCCGGGCUGCUCGCGUCGUGCCUCGUGCUGCCAUUGAGUGGUAUGGCCCUGACCGUCCCAAGUUCCUAGGCCCCUUCUCUGAGGGCGAUACCCCUGCCUACCUGACUGGCGAGUUCCCCGGCGACUACGGCUGGGACACUGCCGGCCUGUCCGCUGACCCGGAGACCUUCAAGCGCUACCGCGAGCUGGAGCUCAUCCAUGCGCGCUGGGCCAUGUUGGGCGCUCUGGGCUGCGUGACCCCCGAGCUGCUGUCCAAGUACGCGGGUGUCUCGUUCGGCGAGGCUGUCUGGUUCAAGGCCGGCGCCCAGAUCUUCGCUGAGGGUGGCCUGAACUACCUGGGCAAUGAGAACCUGGUGCACGCGCAGUCCAUCAUUGCCACCCUGGCCUUCCAGGUUGUCGUGAUGGGCCUGGCUGAGGCCUACCGCGCCAACGGCGGCCCGCUGGGUGAGGGCCUGGACCCGCUGCACCCCGGUGGCGCCUUCGACCCGCUGGGCCUGGCUGACGACCCGGACACCUUCGCCGAGCUCAAGGUCAAGGAGAUCAAGAACGGCCGCCUGGCCAUGUUCUCCAUGUUCGGCUUCUUCGUGCAGGCUAUUGUGACCGGCAAGGGCCCCAUCGAGAACCUGUCUGACCACCUCGCCAACCCCAGCGCUGUUAACGCCUUCGCCUAUGCCACCAAGUUCACCCCUUCGGCCUAAAUUAGGGUGUCUGGUCUGACAUCGUUUGACUGAGUCCUUGUGGCCAAAAUCGCUGGCCUUUUUGGCGUGAUCUGCGAGGACGGCGGGUGCCGGGGAAACGCUUGAAGUAUGUCUCUCUGCAACGGAUUUCCUGGUGUGUUUGGCGGUGUGAGAUCUAGUAGCUCGACGCAAUCCAGGUUCGAUUGCCGACGUUUAACCCAUCGCUGAUCAUGGAAUGUAACUUUUGAAUAUAAAGCCGUG